UGACAUCAUCGAGCGCGCGACUUUCCAAAACAAGAUGAAUGCGUUGUGUUCUCUCGAAAGUCAUGAAAGUGGUCUCGUCAACAAUGCUUGCAAGAGUAGUUUUAAGGAAUAAGAAAACUUGAUUUCGGUGUCAUCCUAUCAGAUGAUUGCAGUGAGUCUAGUACCCUAGCACCUUCACUACCGAUUUGGAGAUGACGCAAGGAGACACAGAGGCCCGCUUCCUGCACCUCUUGCAGCCCAUCCGGGACCUGACUAAGAACUGGGAGGUCGACAUUGCUUCGCAGCUAGAGGACUAUCUGUUAGAGAUUGGAGAGAUUCGGAUUACGUUUGAUGGCGGCUCGACCUCCAUGAACUUUGCUGAGGCGGCCUUGGUGAUCCAGGGCUCAGCCUGCAUCUACAGCAAGAAGGUGGAGUACCUCUACGCGUUGGUCUACCAGACCUUGGAUCUCCUUGCCAGUAAGAAGAAGCUGCAACAGCAGUCGUCUGUGGACGAGGAGGGGAAUGACAAAGAUGCAACAUUUGCAUACCAGAAAAAUGCAGAAGAGUUCCUGUCACUGGAUGAUAUCCAGAUUGCGAAGAACAUUGACUUGAAAGAAGUGGACUUGAACGAUAACCUGGUGAAGAUUGUUCCGAGAACACCGAUGUCUCUACUGAAGGUGAACGGGCUGGAGGAAGACGUGCCACUCAAAGAUUCCAAGGGUGAGGUCUUGGGAAAGAUGGCCGACUUUCGUCUGAUGACGUCGGUCGUCCAGGCCUCUGGCACCCUGCUUCUAGACAUGUCUCAUAUGUCGCUCCUGGAAGCGUCGAUGAUGAGGCAUCCGAUGUCUACGCCACUGCCUGGACCACUGCAAGGAAAUAAUGCGAAUGACGGGAAUGGAUUUCCAGAUAAUGCUGUGGAACCCAUGGGGGACAAUGUUGACGAGAUGCCCCUUCACCAAGACGCUAAUAUGAGCUUGGAUGAUGUUGACAUGGCUGACCCUCCUGAUGAGUCGUUUACUGAGCCACCUCACCCAGAACCAAACCAGAUGGAAGGCAGGAGGGAGUUGAGGCCUCUACGCAUCCAGCCCAAGCUCAAAGCGCCGGCCGUCGACCCAUGGACCACGCUGGAUCCUCACGAGGCAAAAGCUCUCCCCGAAAAACCCUUCAAAAAAGGCAAACCGUUCAAGAUACCGGCGUCUCUGCUAGCGGCCAACAGCAAGAAGAGAAAAAGGAAAGGCUUGCCAGAGAAGCCGCAGACUCAACCCCUGACUCCUAUAUGUCAGUUCAUCAACAAAGCCUAUUAUUCCCACGCGUCCAAGUUCCCAAACAGCGCCCUCAAGAGGCCGCUGUUUCCCGAGUUUGACAACUUGUAUUACGCCGAGUUCAAGCGGCAGCAGGCAGCGCGAAAGAAAGAGAAGGAAAUUCUGGCCAAGCAAGGCAGGUUUCAGGAGCUUGCAGAACAGGAGGCGGAGGAAGAGAAUGAUUUCAACCCCGCCCCCGAGGAGGGACCCUUAGGAGGGGCGGAGUUAGCGGGGAUGGAGGACUACGGAGGGGCGGGACUUGAUGAUGUCGACGACGAUGAGGGGGGUGGAGGAUUUGACGGAAUGGCUGGUGACUUCGGCGCAGUGGAUAGAUCAGGGGGCGAAUUCCCAAGCACACAAGAGAUAGUCACCAGCUAUGAAGAGCUUGUACGGAAACAUGUGGAGGCGUACAUGAUCAGUGCACAGCAGUACACCCAGGUGACUGAGCUGGGCAGAAGGGUGCAAGCAUGGGAAGACAGAAUCAGCCCCAUACUCCACAGGGAGGAGAAAUUUGGUUUCUUCGACAUCCACGAGUACGGCACCAUCGUCCUGGACAGACUGGAAGAGGUCGAAAAGAAAGAGCAGAAGACCGGGCAGGCCAUACCCUUCAGUAAGCUGAUGGAGGACAGGCACGCCCACGACAUCAGCAGGUUAUUCCUGGCGACGUUACAACUGGCCAACGUUUACAAUGUGGAAAUUGACAGCAGAGGAACAGACGAAGACGCCAUGGACACAAUGUCGCUGAAACUACUGAACAAGAAACGCCACAACGAGGAACUGCAGGAGUAUAGAGCGCCCUCUUUUGACAAGUAACAUUUACACUCCUGGGUUUUUAGUUUUUCUUAACGGUCAUGUAAAUAAAUUAUAGAGCACUCUUCAUAAAAUGUAAUGUUUCAUGGAAUAAAUAAUUCUUCACGGAUGUCAUUCCCGUAAUUUUUUUUUUCGGAAUUAAGGUCGCGCGGAGUAUACGCCGCAGCAGACAAAAAUCUGCAAAUUAAGAUUUGAAGUCGGCAUAUUAGCUGCACCAGCGUAUAGGCCGCACCGGCCGUAGCGGUUUCAAUUUUGUAAGGCCUCCAAAUUCGGAAGUCAAAAGGCUCUGGACCAGUUAAGCCGCCCUGUGUAUAAGCCGCAGUUAACAUUUUCAUGGGCAAAAUCAACAUAUAAACCGUGGAUAAUAUUCCGCAAAUUACGGUGCUUAAUUCAGGGAUGGCAAGAGAUCUGCUGCCAAAGACAAAUUUUGAUGGGUUUUGGAGGGUUUUUUUGGGUUUUUUUUUUUUUUUAUCCAGAGCAUUUUCGUAAUACGAUGUAAAUAUCGAGGCAGGUGUACAAAGGGUUUUUCUUCCAGUUCUGUACUGGAAAACGGUAUUUAGUGAUCAUGAGUGAAAUUUAGCAUUUGUGAUAUACAUAUACUAUUCAAAUUGUAUUCAAAAGUACAUAAUGUCUUGAAGUAUUUAGAACAUUUGCUGAUGUACUUUGUAAGUGUAUUGUAUUUUCCAAAAAUUUGUCAAAUUUGAUGAUUGUUUUAGAGAGGUAUAAGCAAAUAACAUGAUGUAUGAACAAAAUGUAACAUUGGCAAGUUGUCAAAAUUUGUAUUCUUUUCAAUCCUAAUAUGUAAGUUAAGCGUUUUUGGUGUUUUUUAAAGUUGCGCCAACUUAAUAAUAGCUUCAAUACAUGUACAGUAGUUUGCUGAAUAAGUCUAUUGGACAUGAAUUUGUAGGGUUGUUUUUGAUACAAAAUCUUUCUAUCAUCAAAACUUUGUUUCUUAAAGGCACUUUUUUUGUCCAUCUCAAAAUACAUCGGGUACUUUGUAAAUUGUAAAUAAAAAGUACAACGUCAUCACUAA